UUGCCGGAUGCGACUAGCUCGGGGAAGUUGUUGCCUCGGUUGUACCUCUUACCCCGGAAACGCUUGGUGACGUUCACAAGCCAGCCGGAGCCGCAGCUCAAAUGCGGAGACACAUGCCAUCAGAGGAGCCCUGGAAGACGCUUCCCUUUUGACGCUGUUCCUUGCACAGUCUAUCCUCUCCUUUUCCAUUCUCUCUCUUGUUUUUCUCGGCUGCUCCUGCCUCUGACAACGGCUCCAUCAUGUCUCAAACACAGGAAAAGGCGCAAGAGAAGCUCAUCGAGUCGACUUCGUCGGUGCCUCAGAGCACGGCGGCACAGCAGAGCGACAAUGUUGCGCAUGCGCUGGCGGGCGCUGGUGGAGGACUACUGUCCAUGGCCUUGACCUACCCGCUCAUCACCCUCUCUACCCGCGCCCAGGUCGAAUCGAAGCGCGCCCAGUCGUCGACGCUCAAUGCCGCGCGCCGCAUCAUCAAGCGCGAGGGCGUCGCAGGCCUCUACGCAGGCCUCGACUCGGCCCUCUUCGGCAUCAGCGUCACAAACUUUGUCUACUACUACUGGUACGAAUGGACCCGCUCCUUCUUCGAGAAGGCCGCGCUCAAAGCCGGUCGCGCUUCCUCGAAGCUCACAACCGUCGAGUCCAUGAUGGCGGGCGCCCUCGCUGGUAGCGCCACCGUCCUCAUGACCAACCCCAUCUGGGUGGUAAACACGCGCAUGACAACGCGCAAGUCGGAGGCCUCGGACGAGUCGCUCCCAGGCGCUCCUGCAACCCCGCAGAAAGCCCCGUCGACGCUCGGCACCCUCUUCGCCCUUGUGCGCGAAGAGGGCUUUGCGCGCUUGUUCGCCGGUGUCAUGCCUGCCCUGGUCUUGGUCAUCAACCCCAUUCUCCAAUAUACCGUCUUCGAGCAGCUCAAGCAGAUGCUCGAGAAGAGGAGGCGUGUCACACCAAAGGACGCCUUCUACCUGGGUGCCCUGGGCAAGUUGUUGGCCACGAGCAUUACCUACCCGUACAUCACUGUCAAGAGUCGCAUGCACGUUGCCGGCAGAGAUGGACCCAAGGAGGAUAUGAUGACCACCUUCAGGCGCAUCAUCAGGGAGGAGGGGUACACUGGCUUGUAUGGAGGCAUCGGACCUAAGGUCACCCAGAGUGUUAUUACUGCCGCCUUCCUCUUCGCCUUCAAAGAUGCGCUGUACGCCUACACUGUCCAGGCACGCAAGAAGCUUGCCAUGCGCCGUGCCUAGACGUCAUCUCCAGAGUGGUCGCGUUCAUGGUAGGCGGUGCAUAUCGGGUCUCUUCGCGACCCGUAAAACAAGGGCGAUAUCAUGUAGGGCGACAAAACGUCAUAGUAAGCUACGAGCUUACAUACGAGCACCGUAUUUGUCGUGUAUGGAGCAGAAAGGUAAUCUCCUAGGCGGGAUUUCAUGUGCGAAUGCCAUAAAAGUCGUACACGAGCAUUAGAUGACGUGCACGACUAAGAUGCUUGUACAUGAGGCUCAGCCAAGGAAAUCGCUUGUGAGCAUUGAAAAUAUAUAUACCCAGAAUUUCACCCGUCGUUUAACUUAGGCCGGGCU